CGUCGCCCCCGGCUUUCCGAGAGGCUUCCGUCCUCUUGGAGCGGAGGGCCAUGAGGCCAUGGAAACCCUCGCUCUGGACCCGGGAGUGCCACUCUGGAGCUGCGGAGGGAGUGCUGUUCUCCUCCGCUGUCGGGAAGUUUUACUAGGGCCUUCCUCUGAGCUGGGUGAAUUUUUGGUGGAUUUGGGCAGUGGCGGCAGAUUAAGCUCGAAGAGCCCUCUAGCGCCGAAAUAAAAUAAAGAUCCGGGGAGGAGCCACGGCCUGCUGUUGUCUGUCUUCAGCCUGGUCUUUGUAUCUGACUCAGAGGGCGAGGAUGCCUGUGAGGGCGUCAGGCUGUGACUAUGCCUUUUAACUCUGGAGCAGGAGCACAAGAAGUGUUUGUUUAAUGAAUGACCUUUCCAUUUAGGACCUGUUUAGACCCUGAGGAUAACUCUGUGAAUUGUGUUGAUCUCAGUAUGCUGCGGCGAAAACCAACCCGCCUGGAGCUGAAGCUUGAUGACAUUGAGGAGUUUGAGAGCAUUCGAAAGGACCUGGAGACCCGUAAGAAACAAAAGGAAGAAGUGGACGUCGUAGGAAUCAGUGAUGGAGAAGGCGCCAUUGGGCUCAGCAGUGACCCCAAGAGCAGGGAACAAAUGAUUAAUGAUCGAAUUGGUUAUAAACCCCAACCCAAACCCAACAAUCGUUCAUCACAAUUUGGAAGUUUCGAAUUUUAGAGGCGGAUUAUCUUGCAUGCCAGAGCCCUGGAAUGGAGUAGAAUGAUGGCAGAAGUACAAACAAGAUUUAGAGAACUGAGUGCUUGCAGUCAAGUAGAAUAUUUUACCUCCUGCAGAGAAAUACUUCUGCAUGAGAUUACUGAUGCUUAACUUUUGCUCGAAGUGGAAAUUGAAACUCUAGUUUGUCUCCGGAAAAUCUGACUCUAUAAAACUUGUCUCAUUUUUGUUUUUUAAAAUAAAUAUAUUUUUGGAAAAGUGUGCGACGCCCUUAA